AGGUCACCAGAGUUCACCAGCUGUACAGAAGCCGUUUCAUCCUCUAGAGGGCGUUAUCGGCGAACAAAUCAUUACUCAGCAUCUCCUCCUCAGGGUGGUGAAGGAGGAGAUAUCUGAUGACAACGCCAAACUACCGUGUUUCAAUGGACGUGUUGUGUCAUGGCUGGUGUCUGCAGAUGGCUCUCAUGGCUCUGACGGCGGUUCAGUGUGUGCAGACUCUCAGGCCGAUGUGCCGCCCCCGCUGGAGAGGACAGGAGGCAUCGGGGACUCCAGACCCCCCUCCUUCCAUGCGAAUGCCGCAGGAAGUCAGGGUGACCUGGGCAAUGAUACCGAGCCUGAGGUGGGUCCAUCGCUGAGAAGAGACCGAGAGCGAGAGAGAGUCAGAGACAGAGAGAGGCCUCGGAGGAAAGAUACACACGACCAUGGAGGCCGGUUGAACGGUCACUCACGACCGGAGCGCAGGCCGGAGAUCGCCGGCUUCGAGAGCUCUUCCACGCUGAUGAGCAGCGAGCUGGACACAACCAGCUUCUUCGACUCCGAGGAGGAGGACUCCACUAGCAGGUUCAGCAGCUCCACGGAGCAGAGCACAUCGUCACGUCUCAUGAGACGCCAUCGCCGCCGCAGACGGAAACCCAAAGCACCCAGGAUGGAGCGGUCCUCAUCGUUCAGCAGCAUCACUGACUCCACCAUGUCUCUGAACAUCAUCACUGUCACAUUAAACAUGGAGAAGUACAAUUUCCUGGGCAUCAGUAUAGUCGGGCAGAGUAAUGAGAGGGGCGAUGGAGGAAUCUACAUCGGCUCCAUCAUGAAGGGUGGUGCAGUGGCUGCUGACGGACGCAUUGAGCCUGGGGACAUGCUUCUGCAGGUCAACGAUAUCAACUUUGAGAACAUGAGUAACGAUGAUGCAGUGAGGGUGCUGCGAGAGAUCGUCCAUAAACCUGGACCCAUCACACUGACUGUGGCCAAAUGUUGGGAUCCAAACCCUCGUAGCUGUUUCACCCUCCCACGAAGUGAGCCGAUCCGUCCCAUAGACCCUGCUGCCUGGGUGUCUCACACUGCCGCUAUGACGGGGGCGUACCCAGUGUACGGUAUGAGCCCUUCCAUGAGCACAAUCACCUCCACCAGUUCCUCCAUCACAAGCUCCAUUCCAGAGACUGAGCGGUUCGAGGAUUUCCAUCUGUCCAUCCACAGCGACAUGGCAGCAGUCGCCAAAGCAAUGGCAUCUUCAGAGUCAGGCCUGGAGGUGCGGGACCGAAUGUGGCUGAAGAUCACCAUCCCCAACGCCUUCAUAGGUUCAGAUGUGGUGGAUUGGCUCUUUCAUCACGUCGAGGGCUUUACUGACAGACGGGAGGCACGCAAAUACGCCAGCAACCUGCUCAAAGCUGGCUACAUCCGGCACACUGUCAACAAGAUCACCUUCUCUGAACAGUGCUAUUACAUCUUUGGUGACGUGUGCGGCAAUAUGGCCAGUCUCUCCUUGCAUGAUCAUGAUGGUUCUAGUGGGGCGUCUGACCAGGACACUCUGGCUCCGUUGCCUCACCCUGGUGUAGCUCCCUGGCCGCUCACGUUCCCCUAUCAGUACCCGAUCCCUCACCCGUACAACCCCCACCCUGUGCACGACCCCAGCUACAGCUUCACUGCGGGGGGCGGCAGCGCUGGCAGCCCGCACAGCGAAGGCAGUCGAAGCAGUGGCUCGAAUCGAAGCGGCAGUAAGAAUGACACAAACGCAGCGGCUGUAACGCAAGAGUCUGGAGGCCGAUCUGGCAGUGGCAGCGAGUCCGAGAAAAGAGAGAAGGCUCCCAGCGAGUGCUCUGCAGCGCCCCCUAGUGAACACAGCGUGCGUAGCUCACACACCAUCCGUAGCGUCCAGAGCCUGGUGUGUGCAGCGCCCAGCCUCCCUCCACAGCCACAAACACAGCCACUCGUAACAGCAGCGCCGGGCUCUCCUCCAGAACGAGACCUGGCCUCUGUGCCGCCCGAACUCACAGCCUCGCGCCAAUCUUUCCGCAUGGCCAUGGGAAACCCCAGUGAGUUCUUCGUCGACGUCAUGUGAUGCUCUUCAGGUGACCCCUAGGGUCAGCUCACAUGCUCAAGGCACUGUGAAAUCAAGAAAAAAAGAUGAGGAGGAAGACAAAAAAGAGAUGCAUUGAGUCUGAGUGUCCCUCCUAAUGUCCCUCCUGUGUCCUGUGGCUUGCACUUUCUUCAGUGAAGAAGACUGGAACAGAUCACGUAUCCCAUCAUGCCCUAAGAGACCCGAGGUCUCUGAUUUAAGGAGACUCUGUGCGAUGCAGUGAUGAAGGUGAUUGCUUGCUGGCUUUUGUGUACUUUGUAUGUACUUUACCUGCAUUUUUUUUUAUUUUGUCCUCUGACUGGUUUAUUAACCUCAAGAUAUGUUUUUCAAUCAAAGAUGAACUAAAUUAAGUGGGAGAGAGAAGCAUGAUAUGAGAAGGAAGUGAGGACCUUUUGCUUUUUAAGGAUGAACAAAUCGUCUUUAAUGAUUUUUAAAAAAGACAAGCACUAUCAAAAGAUAGAUUCUUUGGAAAUUAUUUUAUAUCUUUGGCUUUAAUUUUCUGCUAAGAAUGGUGGAGAGUGAGAGAGAAAAAGAGAGAGUUUUUGAGUUUACAUACAGGACUUUUCAAUGUUUCAAUGUUAUCAGCACUCCUAAAGCAACCUGAAGAUGCACUAUUAUUAUUAUUAUAUGAUGGAGACUCUCACUC